CUCUUUUUGUUCAUAUUAGCUACAAGCAAUUAAGUGCAAAUCAUAUCUCUAUAUACACACAUUCGGAAGAUAAUGGGUUCCAACGUUUCAUCUGUGCAUGAUGUUCCUUCAUCAGCGGAAACCAAGAAUGGUUUGGUUGUGGAAAUGGAAUCAAGAAGACAGUGGAGAUCUCUCUUUGAUUCCAUGAAAAGCUCAAAUAAAUUGCUAGUGAUUGAUUUCACUGCUGCAUGGUGUGGACCUUGUAAAGCAAUGGAACCUAGAGUUAAGGAGAUCGUUUCUAGGUAUCCAGAAGCUGUUUUUGCGAGGGUUGAUGUGGAUAGAUUCAUGGAUGUGGCUGGAACAUAUAGAGCAAAUACUCUUCCAGCCUUUGUUUUUGUGAAGAGAGGAGAAGAGAUUGAUAGGGUUGUUGGAGCCAAACCUGAUGAACUUGUGUACAAGAUUGAAAAGCAUAGGGUUUAAGAUUUAUUUGUUUUUAAUUUGAAGAACAAAAGAUUAUACAUUUCCGUGUGUGUGUGUGUGUUUCACUGAUUGAAGUUGUGUUUUUGGUUUGCUGUUUUCUCAAAAGUUAUGAAUAAAAAUGACAAAAAUGUU